GCCGCGCUUAUAUCUAUCCCUUUGUAUUCUGUGUCCUCCAUCUCUCUCUCUCUCUCUCUCUCUCUCUCUCUUUCUUAUCUGACAAAUUCCCUUUUCCUAACUCCCUCUCCCAGAUUUCCAAUUAGAAUUUGUGUUAUUGCAUGGCAGUAAGAUUUCUGAAUGGAGAGGUGUCAGAGUUGUGCUUAGGGAAGCCGGAGCUGACCAGGGUUGCGGCCAACGCGACCAUUUCCGACGCCUUGGCGGCGUUGAAGACGUCCAGGGAUUCGCACGUCAGCAUCUGGGCGUGCGGCGGAGGCGGGCCCAAUGGCUGUUGCAUUUGCGUGGGGAAAUUCUGCGCGGCGGAUCUCAUUCUCUUCCUCUGCAGGGAGGAGAAUUUGACCCAUCCUUUCAAGGCCUUUGACGCUCCUGUUUCCGAUGUUUUGCCCAAAGGGUUACCCGUUGUCAGACAUUUGGAUCCCAGCUCCAGCUUGCUGGAGGCAAUAGACUACAUACUUGAUGGUGCCCAAAACCUACUCAUCCCAAUUCAAAACCACCACAUCCAAAGAAAGAAUUUCCUCCACAGGCAAGCCUCUUCUGCUUGCACUCGCUAUAAUGGCCAAGAAUACUGUUGGCUCACGCAGGAAGACGUGGUGCGUUUCUUCCUCAAUUCUGUUGGAGCUUUCUCUCCAAUCCCAACUUUCACCAUCGAGUCCCUGGAUAUCAUCAAUCGCGACAUAAUGACAGUGCCUUACGACAAGCCUGUGUCCUCAGCAUUGAGCUACCUUCAUCGUGCUCUCAUCGAGCAGACAUCAGUUGCAGUCGUUGAUGAACAUAACAAGUUGAUAGGGGAAAUCUCGCCCUCCACUCUGGCAUGCUGUGACGAAACGGCUGCAGCAGCGAUUAUGGCCCUCACGGCUAUGGAUCUCAUGACCUACAUAGACUCCAGUGGUCCACCAGAGGACUUGGUUCAGCUGGUGAAGAUGAAGCUGGAGGAGAAAAAAUUAGGAGGAUUGGCUGAAUUGAUGGAUGAUUUUUGCGAGUCUUCUAUGUCUUCAAGCUGUUCCUCAGACGAUGAAUAUGGGUUCAGUAAAAGUGGUUGGCCGUCCAGCAGGAGUGGUGGGUCAAGCCGAUCCUACCCUGGAAGGAGAUCUGAGGCAAUCGUCUGCAGUCAAGGGAGUUCUCUGGUGGCUGUCAUGAUCCAGGCGCUUGCACAUCGCGUCAGCUGUGUGUGGGUAAUGGAAGAGGAUCGGACCGUGG